AUGAAACUUAAUAAAUUAGUAACAGCAUCCAGACGGAAACAGCGUAAGCGUCAUUUCAAUGCACCUUCUCAUCAACGACGAAUUAUUAUGAGUUCUCCUUUAUCAAAAGAACUUAGGCAGAAAUAUGGAGUUCGUACUCUUCCAAUCCGAAAAGAUGAUGAAGUUCAAGUUGUCCGUGGUCAUUAUAAAGGUCAGCAAGUAGGCAAAGUUAUCCAAGUAUAUAGAAAGAAAUAUUCUAUCUUUAUCGAAAGAAUUCAGCGGGAAAAGGCUAAUGGAGCUUCUGUACACGUGGGUAUCCAUCCAUCAAAAGUAGUAAUAGUAAAAUUGAAAAUUGAUCGAGACAGGAAGCAAUUGCUUGAAAGGCGUGCGAAAGGCAAACAAUUGGCUGAAAAGGGAAAAGGAAAACAUACAGAGGAAUCAGUAGCUAUGGAAGCAUAA